CCGGGCAACACCUAUUCUGACACCGCUAGCUUCUGGAAGAUCUACGAUGCCUAUGAAAAGGACUACACGUUGGUCCUCGCGAAACAAAAGGAGGUCGGGAGGAAGGGGAAAGGGGAAGAAAAGCAAAAAGAAAUAUCGAUUAAUCCAAAGACUACGAGUCGGCUCACCAAUCCUAUCGCCAUUCCCCCGCCCCCACCACCCACAAACCGCACCCUGGGCGGAGUGGAGUUAGAUCUUGACCCCAAACACUAUCAAGAUGGUAGAAAGGAUCAUAAACCAAAAUACUCAUGACGAAAUUAAUCAAGAUUUCCGAUAUUGGGAAGACGCAAGCGAUGAGUACCGUCAGCUGGAAGGGUCUCUUUUGCCACUGUGGAAGUUCCACUGUAAUAAAUCCCGGUCUCAAGUGGUCUCGUCCCUUUCCUGGAGUCCCUGCCACCAUGAUCUCUUUGUGGCCUCUUAUACACCAGAUAAGCUCUGUGCUUUAGAGAAUGAAGGGAGAAUCUGCCUGUUCACCCUGAAGAACCCUGGCAUUCCCGAGAGAAUGCUGGUUACUCCUCAAGGCGUCACGUCAGUCCAGUUCCACCCUUCUCGUGAGAGCGUGGUAGUUGCGGGUCACAGCGAUGGGACGGUGACGGUGUACGACGCCGCCGCGCCUCCCGGGCGGCUCUCCUCCUCCACGACCUCCGGCAAGCACCUCCUCGCUGUUAUGCAGGUCUGCUGCCUGGACACCGAACCAGGGCAGAGCCCAAGUUUCUACUCAGUGUCUCAAGAUGGUCGAGUGUCCCAAUGGUUUGUUCACUCAUCGUGGCUUAAAUGCUCAGACAUUCUGGAUUUCCACACGACCAAGAGGCCCACCAGAAAAGCUUCCUCGAGCAAAGUCAAUCUUGAAGGUACCGCUACUUGUAUAGCGGUUAGUCCAGAGAGGGACGACAUACUACUUCUGGGUGUAGAUACAGGGGCGUUAUUCCAAGUAUGUACAUCCAGAACUAAGCACUCUAUCAUUCGCUAUCCCGCUCAUCUUGGGCCCGUAACCGCCAUCACAUGGAACAACAUUCAUAAAAAAGUUUUCGCCAGCUCUUCUUUAGACUGGAAUGUCAAAAUGUGGCUGCAGUAUCACCUGUCACCUAUUGUAACGUUAGACCUGGGAGGACCUGUUGUGGGGCUGGCAUGGUCCCCUUCCAGUAGCACAGUGAUAGUGGCUGUUACCGAGGAAGGACGGAUCUAUGUAUACGAUCUCUUCCUUCGUAAGUGUCAGCCUUUGUGCGUUCAAAACCUGGUCCAGAGACGUCGUUUCAGCUUAGCCUCCGUGGCCUUCAGUCCUUACCAGCCCGUUAUACUGGUGGGCGGAGAGAAGGGUUACCUCGUGGCAUUCAAGCUCUCGCCCAACCUCAGGAAGCCACAUAAAGAUGCAAAAGGUGCGGAUGAGAACAGGAAAAGGGAAAUAGAAUUGUGCAAGAUGGAGAGGAUCAUCGCCCUAAGCAGGGGUUGAGGACACACCUUAUCUCGCCUCUUAUCAUAACCUACUUGUUGCAUCCAUCACGGUCAUUCAUCAUUAUUGUUUUCCUAUAAAUAUUCUUAUAGGUAUUUUUAUAUCAUUGUUUAUGUUUCAGAUAUAUUUGUCGCUUCCUAAGCUGAUGAGCAUUAGAAUGGUCUAAAUAUUAUGAAGUAUUCCUGAAUAUAAGUACUGACCUC